GCGGCAGGCCUUGCGCCUCCCUGUCCCAGCCUCAGUUUCCCCCCUUCGGGAGUAAGCCCGGCAUGCUGGGCUGGAGCAGCUGCAAAGGCCGCGCGCAGUGAUGACGUGGCGGAUCCUGCUUUCCCUGAGUGCUCCGGGCCCAGCCCCUAGUCCAGAUGACACUCAUGCCGAUGGCUUCGGUGAUGGCAGUGGCUGAACCCAAAUGGGUCUCGGUCUGGAGCCGUUUCCUGUGGCUGGCACUGCUGAGCAUGGCUCUGGGGUCGCUGCUGGCCCUGCUGCUGUCACUGGGAACGAUGGAAGAGCAGUGUCUGGCUGUGCUCAGAGGCUUCCACCUGCUCAGGAGCAAAUUGGACAGAACCCAGCAUGUGGUCACCAAGUGCACCAGCCCAUCCACAGAGCUCAGCGUCACCUCCGGGGACGUGGGGCUGCUGAGUGUCCAGACGAAGCCAUCUGCAGCAGGGAGGCUGGAGGCCAGGGCAGCCCUGAACCAAGCCCUGGAGAUGAAGCAUCAAGGCAAGAGGGAGAAAGCCCACAAGCUCUUCCUGCACGCCCUCAAGAUGGACCCCGGCUUCGUAGACGCGCUCAACGAGUUCGGCAUCUUCUCGGAAGAGGAAAAGGACAUCAUCCAGGCGGACUACCUGUACACCAGGGCACUGACCAUUUCACCCUUCCAUGAGAAGGCGCUGGUCAACCGGGAUCGGACACUGCCGCUGGUGGAGGAGAUCGACCAGAGGUACUUCAGCAUCAUCGACAGCAAAGUGAAGAAGGUCAUGUCCCUCCCCAAGGGGAGCUCCGCCCUGCGCAGGGUCAUGGAGGAGACCUACUACCACCACAUCUACCACACGGUGGCAAUUGAGGGCAACACCCUCACCCUCUCGGAGAUCAGGCACAUCCUGGAGACCCGCUACGCCGUGCCAGGGAAGAGCCUGGAGGAGCAGAACGAGGUGAUCGGCAUGCAUGCGGCCAUGAAAUACAUCAACACCACCCUGGUGUCCCGCAUCGGGUCUGUCACCAUCGACGACAUGCUGGAGAUCCACAGGAGGGUGCUGGGGUAUGUGGACCCGGUGGAAGCAGGGAGGUUUCGGAGGACCCAGGUCCUGGUGGGACACCACAUCCCACCGCACCCCCGGGACGUGGACAAGCAGAUGCAAGAGUUCACGCAGUGGCUCAAUUCAGAGGACGCCAUGAAUCUGCACCCGGUGGAGUUCGCAGCCUUAGCCCACUACAAACUUGUGUACAUCCACCCGUUUAUCGACGGCAACGGGAGGACCUCCCGCCUGCUGAUGAACCUGAUCCUGAUGCAGGCGGGGUACCCCCCCAUCACCAUACGCAAGGAGCAGAGGUCCGAGUACUACCAUGUAUUGGAAGUCGCCAAUGAGGGCGACGUACGGCCCUUCAUCCGCUUCAUUGCCAAGUGUACCGAGGUCACGCUGGACACGCUGCUCCUCGCCACCACUGAGUAUUCCGUGGCGCUGCCGGAAGCCCAGCCCAACCAUUCUGGGUUCAAGGAGACACUCCCUGUGAGGCCCUAACCUGCCAGCCCUCCCCUGGCAACAGGAGACGAUCUCCGAAGAGCCCCUCUCUAGAAACAUAGCUCUCCCCAGGAGCAAGAGGAGACACUUGACGUCUUUACCUCUUUACCUCCAGAUGUUUUUUUUUUAGUUGAGAAAGGAAACUAUAUUAUUAAGCCUUGUCUUUAGGAUAAUUUAUACUUCAGCCGAGUUAUUUAUUUUUUUGAGAGCUAGCAGUGCCACGUGGUGCUGUGACUGUGGUGAUCCCAGGGUCCUGCAGGGGCAGCCGGGCCCCUCUGAUGUCCUUCCUGAGCCUGGGUUCUGGACAGAAUUUUGCACUUAAGUGGGGCAGCGGGGCCAGAUCUGUGGGACGAAGCCCAGAGCCACUCAGAUGCCUUUGAUGUCCCGUGACCAGAAGGCAGGCUGCAAUCCUGGGCAAAACCUGCCCUGCUGUGUGGCAGGCUUUCACACCUGUGAGGCUGGCAGAGCAGCCCUUUGAGACAGGAAGCAGAUGUAGCCAUCUCCAGCAGGAAACUGCAGAUUUCCAAAGACACCCCCUCCCCCACUCAUUAACUUGCUAGCCUGAGUGGCAGGGGAUGUUAUUUUCCUAACCACUUCCAGGAGGAGGGCGGCCAGCUUGGCUUCUUGGCUUUUUCUUUCUACUGUACUUCAUUUGCAUCAAGUCAGACCAGAUGUUUUAGCCGAGUUCCCCAAGCUUGUCAACCUGUUCGUCAGGCCAUAAAGAGGUCUGCUUUCACUUGCCCUACAGUCUCCUGCAGGAGGACCCCAGAGGGCCCGGAGGCGAGGGUCGGUGGUAGAAUGCUUACGUAACUCGCCCUGCUGCAGGCACCAUCCCUAACAUUAAAACCAAACACCAAAGAGCUCAUCUAAGAUACCACACCAACCCCAAAUAAGCAUCCCUGAUAAAAGAAUUAAAAGCUAGCAGACACCUGACCUUAGCCCAGACUGGUCCCUUUUGUCCUGUGUUUUUAAACCUCUUACCCCUAUAAAGCCAUCAUAGGGUCCAACAUCCCCUUGGGGAAGGAGAGAUUGAUUGCCUCAGAGUGGCCUGGCUUCCCUGAUAAUGUCAUGCCCGACAAACGCCUUUCAAAGUCGUCAUCUUAGAAAAAAAUAAACUUUCCCAAUCAUAUAUGGCUAAGUGCCGAUUUGACUGCUGCUAUUCAGUGGAGUGGCUAGAAACCACUGGGCUUUGUUCUGAGGGAAGCCUGGGGUCCCUCACCACGCUGCACUUUUUCUUUCUUGAAGGAUGGUAAAUUCAUACCAGGUGUCAAACUAGUGGGUAGACGCUGCCAACUGAUGUACCAGUGUUUAUACGACUCUUAGUGGCAGUUUGUGAGGGCCUGACUGAAAAGAUGUGUGCAUGCAGCGUCACCACAGCUCUGGAGGCCGCAGUGACGUGUCCCGCUGCAGCCAGCGCAUGGCAGCACAGCCUCAGACGCCUUGCUUUUCUCCGCAGCAUACCUAGUCUCACAGGGUGCUUGCUUGGUCCUGCACUUUAGAUACACAUGGGAGAAAUUUUAACAACUUGCUGGUUCUAAUAAAGUAUUUUAUUACAUAAA